GAAUACUUUAGCCUCGUUUCAGCAACGCUGGUUUAGGCCACAGAAUAGGCCAAGGCCAAGUCACUGACAGUUUGGAAGCAUUUUAGCAACAUGGCCAUUGCAAGAUGGGAGACAUUCUUCAAAAAGGCAGGAAUUCCUAAUGGGCCAGCCUCUAAAUAUGCAGAAAUUUUCACAGACAAUCGGAUGAGAAUGGACAUGUUGAAUGAGCUGAAUAAGGAAAUUUUGGGAGAUUUGGGGAUAAAUGUGAUGGGUGAUGUUAUUGCUAUUUUGAGACACAGCAAAAACGUGUAUGCAGAGAUCAGCAGAUCGACAGCUAAUGAAUUCAACGUGGAUGGGGCCAAGGGAACUGCAGCAAAGAAAAAGAAAAGAUUUUACCCACCAAAAAGUCCAGCCCAGGCAAGAAUAAGCCCUCCAACAGCAUCUGUCAGAGAUAAGAGCAGAUCUCCGAUUGGCAUUCCCGUUGCUAAAUCAUCACAAGAUAGAGAUGGAAAGGCGACUAGUUCAGCGGUAGCUCCGAAAUUCGGAACGAACUGGAAUAAGAAACGAAAUGAAAAAACGUUGUCUUCGAGAUUCAGUGAAUUCAAUUCAACACCUGCCAAGAAAAGCAGAGAGUCGAACGAAGUUAUAACUAUUAGCGUACCUAUCGACAAACCCCCAACGACAAGAAAAAUUCCUGAUAGGAGCAGGUCCUCGGAGUCUAAAGAAGCUACCAUAUCGGUGAAAAAAACGGUUUUCGACCGACUUGGAUCGAUAUCAUUGGAAAUUGUUUCCAAGGAUGGUAAAACGUCAACUAGUUCGACGCAAUCCCAAACAAAUUCGGAAAUGAAUACAAGCUCUGUGUUUAGUCGUCUUGGUGAAAGCAAUUUGCUGGUGAACCGCAGCAGACCUUUGAGAUCACAUUCUAGAGGAUUUUCAGAACCUUCGUUGGCCGUUUCGAUGGAUGUAGAUGAUUUCCCAAGUGUUUUGCGCAACACACACCGCACAGCUAGGCCCGUUGAACAUGUGCGACCAUUUCCACGGAAGCCACUUGCAAUGGACUUGGAAGAAAGUAGCCGGAUGAAUAAACCCAAGCGAAAAAUGUCUACCGAUGAAAAGGGACGUAGUUCGCAAACGACUCAAGGACCUGAAAAGUCAGUAUUUUCUAGAUUAGGAUCUCGGUGAAAGAAUCAUUGUGGCUUCUUAACAGAGUAGAAGUCGUUGUUUAUAUGUUAGUUUUCUGGUUUUAGGUAGCUUCAUUUUGCAAAAGGUAGCUGCACUUUCUUGAAAAAUGAAGAUUUUUAUCUCCUAGCUACAAAGAUGACGUGAAUGGAUUGCAGUUACUUGAGGACCGUUCCUCCAAAGGGUAUAUUAAUUGGGGUUGGUAUAGUUAGGAGAAAAACUGGCAAUUUUUUCUGUUUUUCCAUGUUACAAAGCUUGGCCAAUUACUGGCCACCUGUUAGCACGUGAUAACAGUCCACAACCAUCAUGAUGGAACUUGACUGCCAGCAUCUGUCUCACCUAUUCUAACUUAGAUCUUCUUCGUCCCCAACUAAGUCGUGCAAACAAACCAGGCAUUGGUGUAUUCAUCUGAAAUUCAUUUCUUGCAAAUUCGAUAAAAAAAUACUGUACUAUUUUUCUUCUUUUACCAUUAAUCUGUAGCUUUUCAUUGAUAAUGACGUCAUUUGAACGUUUCAAAGUUUCCAAAGUGAUAACUAGUUCCAUAGAGAACGUGUUGUUGAAAUUAAGCAAUUCGCGAAAGGAGAGUCACGUUUAACAGAGUAUUAAAAAGUUAUAUGUUUUCUUGGGUGACAAUGGCAUCAUUUGCAUUAUCUAAAGCCAAAACGUCCCCAUUUUAAGUUUCAUUUCCUCUAGUAAGCCUUUGGCUUCUUCACUAUUUCAAAGAAGGGGAGUAAAGAACACAGCCAUAUUAACUCGUUUCUCGCCAUAAUCUUUUAUCCUGUGAGACACCAGCUAAGAUUUCUAUAUAAUUUAGCCUUCUCGACAUUUUUUCUUUAACAAAAUAUUGUUCUGUUGCAUAAAUUUUGCUUUAUGUUCAUAUAUUCGUUUAGAUACUUGGUUCCAUUUAAUAAUGUCUUUGUAAUUGCGGAUUUUUGUUAUCUUUGAGCCCUAAUGACCGUUUUUCCACUUUUUCCAUGAAAGCCUCUUCCAAAAAGAGCGUGAAAAUACAAAGAUGUUGAAUUUAAAACAUUGUGUAAAACCAAUGAUUUAGAUUUUUUAAAAAUCUUCGUAAAAAUAUAUUAUUACACCUUCAAGCAAAAACGAGAAAAGUUCUUGAAAAUUGAGCAAAAUACGGCUUUUUCGAAGCACUUCUCGACGCCCAUUUUCUUAAGAGGAGGAACUUUUCUACCCCAAUAGCAGGGGGCUCCAUCAAUUGAUUAUUGUUAGUUUUAUAGAGAUAUUUCGUCUAAGUUGUAUUUUGUCUAUGUCUGACACCAUCGCAGCACAAAAAUCAAUUUCAUUGCAAAAAGCGAAUUUAUUUGAAUCAUAUUUUAAUCAUAUACCAAUAAUGUUAGAUUAGAUAUUCUCGGAACAUAUGCCCUAAAGGGAAUAUCUGUCGGAUAUUUUGCAGUGUAACGUGUCCUGAGGAUAUUCCGCAAAAUAAAAAAACCAAUUAGCGAUAAAGAAAGAUAUCCUAUCUUUCUUGGAAUGAAACCAAAUCGAUUUAAUUUUAUUUUGAAUAUCUGCAUGGCAGGAAUACAGACAUCAGAGAUGCCGAGUGUCUUGUGACGUCAUGACGUAACUGUCUUCCAUGCUUCUGGGCACCCUUUUGUUGUUUUCCCGAAGAAGGAAGGUGUAUUGAUUUGGAAUAAACCAAAAAUGAACAUGCGCAUCACGUUCACGAAAACAGUCUUUUCACCAUACUUUCCUGUUCCUUUUUGCAUUAUUUUUUACAGAUUUUACACGAGGGAGGGUGUAGCAAUUAUAGAGCAUCUUCUUUUUCUUCAAUGUUGUCCAUGUCCUCGUUCAUGUUUAGGCCAACCUGUUUGAAAUGGCGCGCGCUUUUUUAAGGACGAAUGAGUAAAGGUUAUCUCCACUAAAGCCUGGUUUCCAUAUGAUCGCAAGGAUCGCCAGCGACGCAAGGGUCGCACAAAUUAGGUCAUGUGGUUUCCAUUUGUCGCAACGGCCGCACAUACUUCAAGCGUUGGCGCCAAAUUUCGAAAUGGUGGGAGCAGAUGACAAUGAAGUGGAAAGAUUUUUGUUGCAGGCUAACUGUUUUUUAAUAAUGGCGCUGCUGAAGAGAGUUAAAGUUAAAGCUAUUUCAAUUAUUCAAUUUUCCCUCGCACCAUAAAGGACUGGAACGUUCUCCCAAACCAUGUUGUGAAAGCAUCACCCAUGGACUCAUUUAAGACACUCUUGUCAACAGUAUAGUAAUAUUUUAAACUAAUUCCUUGAUUAAUCACCUUUUACUGAUUAAUCACCUAGGAAAAAGAACGGUGAAGCAGCAAAUGGGAACAGCUUUUUGAAUUCUAGUUUAUCUCAGAUCCUUUUUUAUACCGUUUGGUUAUAUUUAGGAAAGCUUGUAAUCGUUCCUUAUCUACGGUUUCAUGCGGAUGAAUGUAGUGCACUAACGUCUGUAGUAGUUUUCACAUUAUUAAAGUCUGCUGAAAUAAUACUUGAAUAGAAAUCGACUAUUCCUUGGAAGGAUUUGCAGAAAAUUGGAAUUUUAUAAAGAUUUGAGCACAUCAUCUCUACGAACAAGAAUGCUUAUGAAAUUGAUGUUUAACACCCAGCUCUAGCCUUUAACAGGGGCGGAUCUAGACGUUCGCACCGUUCGCACAUGCGACAGUCAACCUUUUAAAAUUAUACUAAGAAUCCGUCUCGAGAGAGGUUUUUGCUGAACAACAACUUUUUCGCUUAUUGGCAAAUUUCUCAUUUGUUUUUUGAUUCUAUUUACUCGGGAAUUAUGCUUGAGUUAUAUUUGACAAUUGAACACCGUGCAGGAGUAGGAAGAUCCAAGAUCUGAAUCAUGCAUGAUUUAAACCUGGCCAUAAACAGAAGCAAAAUCUUAAACACAAUCUCUAAUUCUAUCUCGAUCUUGAUUCAAUCUGAUUCAAAUCUCAAAGCAUCUUGACUAAAAAACAACAGGGUACCAAUGUAGUUAGAUUAGGGUAUUUCGGUGCACAGUAUGAUUAGUAGCACGUUCGCACCGAUUCGCACAGCUUUUGUUUUAAAAUAUUUAGCCAAUCAAAUUGCUAGAUAGUGCGAACUUCGGUGCACAGUAUGUUUUUUAGUAAGGUCGCACCACUGGGCUAAGAUUAAUCCGUCCUCAUUGCGUGUAUUGUGCAGUUUUGAGCUUAUUUAUGCCUGGCAUGUGUAAAACUAAUAAGUUUUUUUUUUCUUUUUUUUUUUUUUACAAAACUAGUUGUAUAACAUUACUCCCCCCUUUGAAAGACAAGCCUCCUGGCUUGAUCUCUCGAAGGGGAAGAAACAUAAAAGUAUUAUAAGGCAGCACGAAGAAUCAAAUCAAAUAAUUUUACUGAAAUGAGUAAAUCAAGUACCAUCUAAGAAAUAAUGUCCCUGUCCAAGUUUAUUCCGUCCAUACGGUUCUCUACCCGAGGCUAUAACAACAUUAUGUACACGUAAAGGUCCUUCUCUUCUUUUAGUGUCAAUCAAAUUUUUUUCAUAUGUUGUGGCUAAUAAACCCUCGUCAACUUCCAUUGGUUUUGAAGAAAGCAGUCGCGUCACCAUUGGUCGUGAUAGUUUAUGUGACUCCAAUUCAUUGACAAUCUCCUCCAAUUUCUUAACUCGAGUUUGAAGAUCUUGAAAGUGUGGCUCAUUUCUUUUGAUGUUGCCAAUAAAGGUAACCCGAGGUCGCUCUUCAGCUACCGAGGCAACAAUCACAGGUUCAUUUUGAUCACACUUCUCCUGGGAUGCUAAAGAAAAUUUCCUGUCCCUACAAUAUUUGGCAACGUGACCAACGCGCAAACAACAAUAGCAAAUGGGCUGGCCAUCUUCAGCACGAUAGACAUUAGUUCGAUUCACGAAGAAAUUUCUCCCAUUCUCCUCUGCCAACCUCACCCUUUCGGCCAUGUGAGAUACAACGGUCUUUAUAAUAUCCAACAGAAUUUCUCUGAAUUGUUCUGUUGAAAUCAUUUCCAUUUUUUUUCUGCGAAUUCGUCACGUCGUGGUCACCAAUGUAAAACUAAUAAGUUUUUUUUUUUCUUUUUUUUUUUUACAAAACUAGUUGUAUAACACAUGGGCAAGUUUUUCACUGGAGAAAAGGAAUUUUGUGUUAUGGAGUCGGCUGGCUACAUGUAAAACGAAUACGUUAAACCUGGUAAUUUGGAAGACAAAGGUCGCUAGAUUUUCAGAGUAACAUUCGACACGGGAUGUUUUCAAGUUUCGAUGUUCAUUACCUUCUCCAUGGAUCGAGGGCCUACUAAUGUCAAUAAAUGCACUGGACUGGGGUGAUAAUCAGUGGGCGGUACCUGCGAUUUGGCUCUGGCGAAGAAAUAAUGUUCAGGACGUUGGCAGAGAAAAAUUUUCACUUAGACAAAACUUUCAAAGUGAAUCUUUUCAAUGUGGAUUUUCAGUUCUUUAUCAGCUUUCAGAUAUUUCCGGGUAAUGUUUACUUGCUUGGGUGUUCCCCUGAAUUCGAAGGGGUUUCUUCGGAGUAAAAUACAUGUUUACACGCUGAUUUGGUUUAGCUAUUAAAUAAUAUUAGUUAUUAAUGCAGGUUUUAUGAAUAUUUGUGUAAAUUUGUUCUAUUUGGUUAGUUCUGAAAAUUCAUUGCAAUGAUGUUUUUCAGUUUUUCGCGUGGCUUGGUUUGUCAUCGUAUACCAUAAACAAAUCGAAAAAGACGACUCGAAUUUUUGCCUGAUUAUGAAAGGAAAACCGUCAGUACGCUUUCUUGCUUUACGCUUGGCUAAGAAACAACACAAAUGAUUCUGUAGUAUCAAUUGAAAACUCAGAUAAAGAAUGAACAACAGUUUGGCCACGUUCUAAAUAAAAGCCAAUUUAAUGUGCGUGUCGAUUGAUCAAAUGAGAAGGGGGCGAAUAUCCUCAAAAACCAAGGGGUGUGGUCACGAAUGAUAUUUCUGACCACACCCCUGUGUGCGACAGUCAGAAUAUAUUCUAGAUCCGCCCCUGGCUUUAAUACCUCCACUCGUAUAUGUAGAUCAAUUUCGUUAUGUGAUGUAGCUCGGUCAUUGAGACUAGGUCAAAAUACAUUGAAUAGUGACAGGAGUAUGUAACAGGAGUAAAUGACAGGAGUAUAUGACGAAAUAUAUAGAGUAUGUAAAAAUAGCAUGCAACAGGUGUUUGCACGGCACGUCGCUCUGAACUCUUUUUUAAUAAGAGUUAAUCUUCAAACCAGAAACUAGAAUUGCGAAAUUCUGCAAAGUUGUAGCGUGUGCAGAACAAAACAAGUUCUUUCCCUGUAAACCAGUUUUUGAAAGGAGGCAGCCUCGCAGAACUCAUCUCAAAUGUCAUAAUGCUCGAGGGCUCAUUCAUGCAACAGAUUGCGCAAUCGAGAUUUAUGGGAUUUGAGCAAGAAAGUACCUCAAAUCGGCUAAAUAAAAGCCAAUUAACAAACACAGAGAUUUGUUCGCAACUUCACACAGAUUGCCGCGUUAUAAACACCAUGUCCAAUGAUUGAUGAUUCAAAUCCUAACCCUAACGUUGGUCGGAAAAUUUCAAGAUCGUCACAUGUUUUUCAAAAACUUUGAGAAAUAAUUUCCAUCAUGGCAGCAUUGGUUAGGAUGUUUGGGGGAUCUUUACGGUAAAGGGUCGUCUCCAAGCAUGAAAGGAGAUCUUUAUCGAGGACAUUUUCAACACUGUAUCGUUUCUCAAUAAGUAUUCAGAAAUAUAUUUCACAAGGUGGGUCGCCCUAUGCAUUUAAAUUGAAACAUAAUAUAAAAAAAGAGGACUUUAAGAGCGGGGUUAAAAUUCUACAAUGAAGGGGGAACUUUCUGCAAUUCAGCUGUAUUCUGAUACUUUUCACUAAACUCUGACUAAAUGGAUACUUUCUCACGAAAGAAGCGCUAAAAUGCGGCGCUUUUGAGAUCGAUGAAAAAGGAAUUAAAAUUCCAGGAGUAAUCCACGUGAACCAAUCUCUUUGAACGGCGCAUCCUUGUGUUUGAAUAACACAAGUACUGCCGCCCAAAAAUAGUUGUUGUCAGUGGUGUCGUGGAGGGGGGCUCAGUCUGCCUUAUUAAAAUCAAGAGAGAUUUUGGGAGGGCCCAGCCCCCCUUUAACAAACCAUUGUAUGUUUGGCUCGGCAAAUUCUUUAUUUGAAAAUGUAAAUUCAAACUUUAUUAUGCUACUGAUUUUCCGUCAAUGAGGAAUUUUCUAUCAAUCUCUGUUUGUGUCCGUGAAGCUUAAAUUAUUUAUAACACCCAACAGAUAACCUUCAGAGCACAAGCAUAUACACUCUUUUUUAUAAGAACCAGUAAAUUUGAGUUCAGGCUGAUUGUUCUUAAUUUUUCCGAAAAUUUGAGGCUGGAUUGUUCUUAAUUUGUUCUUAAAUUUAUAGGGUAUAAGCAGUGCGAUUUCUAGUUUUUCAUUCUGGGGAGGUGUUCAGGCCUCUUUUGCCAACAAAGUGCAUAGAGACAAACUUAAUUUGCCGCCAUGUUUUAAUAUUCACCGAAAAAGCACCCACACAUGGCUGAAAAUCCUCGUUUUUGAGAUAAAACGUUGUUCAAAAUUUCAUUUUACAGUAGCUCAGCCUCAGCUUGUUCUAAAUUUGUUCUUAAAUUUUGACCCAUUUUGAGGCUCGUGUUCUUAUAAAAUUGUUCUCAUAAAGAAAAGAGUGUUGGGUGUGACCAUAGAUGUGGUCCUGGGAGUUCUCUACAGCACAACCCCCCUUCCUAGCCUUUUAGAGCGGCACAUUUGGUUGUUGUAUCAAAGAUGAUUCUAUUAUCAAAGAUAUGCCUCCUUCUGCGUUUGAAGAAGCUCUUUGGGAAACAUGACAUAUGUUCAGACCAAAUCACUGAAGCGUGAUCAGGGUCAGGAAUUUGUCACUUCGGACAGAAAGGAAUGUAGUUGUGUCAGAGAAAGACCACUGAGGACAGACCACUGCAAGACUUGUAAUGGCCUCUGCCAAAUUUUCUUUAAAUGAACGAUAAUUUCAACUAAUACAAAUUCCAAAGAAAUUCAGUGCAAGAUGUUAUUCACUGAGAACUACUUGAACUAUGUAAAGGAAGUGCCCUCAGACAGUUGGAUGGAUUAUGAGGUUCUGUCAAUUGAUGAUCUUGCUCUUCUCCCAAGAAAGCUGUCAUUCUCCGAAACUAGUUCAAAUGGUAUUGCUAGUCACGAUUCUGGUCAUGAUAGCUACCUGGACGAUGGGACUGGGUACUCCGGAGAUGACGAGGAAUCUGUGAAAUGUGACCUGUGCCUAAAUGGCCAAGGGAAGGUUAAUCAGUUCAGUGACGGAAAUGUUCGAAAGUCAAAGCGACAUCGACGUAGUAGAAAAAAUAGGAAUAAACGCAGAGCAAAGAAAUCGAAUAAGGAAAAGGAUGUUAUUGUUUUGAGGGAACUUCCGAGAAAUGAUAAUUUUGAGUUUGAAGGAGAGAAAAAAGUGGAAAUGAAGUGGACACUAGAGUGUUUUAUGGAUGUCAGUUUGAUGCCAAAGUUAAAACGUGUUAUCAUUGAUCGAGGGAGGCCUGAAGACUUAGGAGUGGACAAUUUGCUGGUUUUUGACGAAUCCUCGGGGUAUUGCAAAAUUCAGGACUGGAGGCAGAACAUGCUACAGCAACUGGGUGCACGCAAUGAGCAGCAAGUGAAAGCAUUCAAUCUGCUACCCAGCUAUACAUCAUGUGAUUCUUGUGCUGAACAAAGACAGAAAGAAAUACAGGAUGCCUUAGGCCAUGAUCGCGGUUUUUGUAUUGUCGGGGAGACGGGUUCUAAUACGCUUUUAGAAGCACAGAAGAUAUCAAAUGGCAAUGACACGAAGCAGUACUGGAGGAGAAGAAUAAUUAAUGACUUAAAACUAAAUAAUUGUCGUGCACAGGCGUGUAUGCGGGCGGUAAAAAGGGACAGGAUCUUAACAACGUCAUACCCAUUUACCAGUCGGAGGCGAAGAAAUCCUAAGUUAGAGAAAGUCGACGAAGAGGAUUGGGAAGUAUACGAAAUUAUUUCUGACGAUGAAUUUUUGGAUAUGAACAAUUUUAUAUAGAUUCACUUUGAAUGGGUAUAUUAUUAUUUAUUUUCGUUUCUCAAGUAUUUGUUUCAGAUAGGUACCAAUGGCUUUUGCUGCACCCAGUUUAAAAGCGUGCUUUGAGUAUAGGCCACGCAAGCUAAAAACCUCUACAGAGCAGCUUUUCUUUUGUAACAGGUAAUUUAAGAGGAUUUCAUAGACGUUUUUUGCCUAGGACACAUUUAUAAAGCUCCUCAUUUAUAGACUUCUUCAAUUUACCGUUACAAUAAGCAGUACUUUUGAAAUAUUUUUCGCUGAAUAACCGCCCCCGAGACAUGUGUCUUCAGCCGUGAAUUUUAUGGGAGAGAUGAAAAAUUUGAUGCAAAUCCAGGCACUGUUCUCGAGCGAGUGUAACAAUUUUCUCUUUUACAUUGUCUCAUCUUCAAUCUCAAACAAAAUCAAAUCCGGAUGAAAAUGUUGUAUCCAAGAAGCCAGACUGAUUGUCGAAGGUCGAAAGCUUCUUAACUGUUGCUGACCAGAGAAUGGUGCUUGAGAAAUCAAAGAAUACAUCGACUGCCUUUCAAGGCUACCUACGUCAUGACUGAUGGCGGCAGGAACUGCCAUCCUUUACCAACAGGGAGACCUUAAGGUGAUUCAAAAUGUGUAAUCUGGAGAAUGAUGCCCGUUCUACUUUUGCGAUAUCUCCGUUGUACAUGUCCAAAUUCCCUUUUUUGCAGUUAUAUGAAAUGUUCCUUAACAUUAUCUAGUAAAUACUGAAAAGUGCUAAUAAAAAAUGGAAAGUAUAAUAAAGUAUCCCCUGCCUUGCCCUGCCGAUUCAAUUUUAGGCCUGUUUUGGUAGUUUGUUGUGCGUUAUAUGGAUUCUUCGGUGUGAUGCUGGCAUUUCACCAUUUCUUAUCCUAAUUCCGACGUACAUUGUCAUCUGGCCUAUCCACAAACACGUGACAAAACCAGCAACGAGUGCUAUUGCUUUUUUUGCUAAUUUUUUUGGAAUCGAUACAUGAAUGCGAUUGUUGGCAAGCAGCAUCCUUGAAGGAAUAUCAGCAUAGUCAUGGGUUGAAUUAUUUGAAUUUGGAUCUAGGUAGAAAUACAACCAAGAGUGUUGUGACGAAGUCUUGUCAGUCUGCUCCGUUCCUUCCCCAAAAACCCGAAUGGCUAUGUGCCCAUGUAGCAAAAAUCUGCGCCCGCAUACUUAUGGAUUCCCUGUCACAAUCGACUGCCUGGGUCAUUGUGUUCGUUCUGGAUAAGGCUUUAUGUGAAUGGUAUACUUUGCCAAUGAACCUUUAACGAAUAUUAUAAUCUUCGUAACUAACCUGGGACUGUUUGAAAGCAGGCCUAAGAAUGGCGAUCGAAUUUUCUCUUAAUGACACCUAUUAUUUGUUUGGUUGCUUAUGUUUUAGUGCUUGACAUUAGUAUUAAAUAGCGCAAUGCCAGGCUUCCUAGCUGUGCCAAUAAUAACAAAUUGUUAAUUUUGUAAAUAUUGAUUUUAAGUAUCUCUUAAAAGUAUGUUUUGUGCUUUGAAAAGAAUUAUUACUACUAACCCUUACCGAUAAACACAAACGCCUGUAUUUUGUUUUCUCUUUUAUUUUAAAUAACCUAAUUUUGAAGACUUCAGCAAA